GGACGACGGACUACCCGAGCGCUGAAAGCUAGAACGAGGGCUAACAACUCGUCACCUAGAACUCUUCCUUGCUACCCAACUGUUGCCUGAGGUUCUUAUCGAAAAGCAGCGUGCUGAGGAGUGUGCUUUUCCAAAGUGCCUGUAUCUCCGCUUUUUCCCGGCAUCCGGCCGCAGUCAUCGUGGUAGACAAGUGCACUAGUCUGCACGACGUCCUACUUCCGGCGUACGCCCGAAAGAUGCAACAUAAUGUGGACAACCUGCCCUCCCGUCCUGCAUCAAGCCUUGGUCAGCCAAGCGAUGCUGCGACGACCCAGAGACUUGUCGACAAGACAGUUCAUGAUCCAGAGGUGCCGGAACAAGUGCCAGAGGGUUCUUCUGAUUCACUCCAAAAAGUUCCACGUAUCUUAUCCUUAGACUUGAGUGCUGUAGUCUCCAUGCCGGGAUCCUCUGCAGCGGAGUCCCAUUCUCCGAUUUCGCGCGCUUCCCAUAUUGUGAUGCGCUGUUGGCCAAGGACCGCUUCCGGGUCGAGGCCGGAGUCCAUCCCGCCCAAGUCGCCCAGCAGUAUCAAAAGCACCCUGGCGUCCUUCGUGGAUUCCCGCAUGAAAACGAGGACAGUUUCGGAACCAAUUUCCCUAUUCCCGAUCCACGAAUCAUUCCUACCCCGCACAAAAUCGCCUCCUCCACGUAAACUACACAGGCGUGCAAAUUCUGUUCUCAUUACAACACCAACUACGCCACGUCCUCGUUCGGCAGGCAUAUCGCCUCUAAAUGCGGAACGCCCGAAACCUGUAAUUUCUACAUCCACUCACCCGUCGCAUGCUCGACGGGUACACUCGAGCGCGAGCAUUCGUCCCCACACCGUUUGUGACGCAUCUCAGAUAUCACUGCAGGCGCCAAGCAGCCUUGACUCGUCGGAAUUACCUUCUCCAGUGUCUUCGAUGAAACAUGGCAGUGGUUUUACCGCCGCCUGUGGAUCGUCCUCCGCUACCCAUCUCGACACGUCGGACUGGACGUGGAUGCCUCCGGAUAGUUGGAUGGGCCCGCCUGUCCACGAGCGCGGGAAAUCCAAAGAGUGUCCAAAGAACAGUCAUAAAAUUAGGACACGCAAGCUGUUCUCUCGGUUCAUUCGAGUGUCACUACCCUCCUGGAAUCUUUCUUUCUUGGCUCACUUCACCGAGGUUACCGAAAGUGAUACGCUAAAUAGGCACCUGGUGAACGAGGAUUCUCUUGAAAAACAAGAGGUGAUCGUGAUGGUGGAAGGGAGGGACGGGAUGUCUACACAAGCUGUGAAUGACGUUAUCCCCCAGCUUAGGGCACUGAAGAGUUCGAGAAGGUGAAAACCCGUGCCACGUCACACAUGUUGUAUGUACUCUCAAGCAUGACAUGUAUCAUAGACAACAAGUCAGUUCAUUGGCAUCAUAUGGCUCCUCUGCUUAUGCUAUGUUAGCUUAUGUUAUAA